CAAAGAAGUGAGGUUAGGUUGUUUCGGAAUCUAAAAAUAAGUCUGCGUCAGUGGGCAUUUUAUCAGUUUUCUCAGUGAAAUCUGUGAAUAAAAAUGCAAUAUUGAGUGCUAUCAGUGAGAAUAAGUGUUUGUGAGUGUCUAAGAAAGCAUACAGCAUGACGUCAAAGCCAAAUACGCCCAAUUAUGCCCGUGAAAGUAUCACAUCGGCAUGGCACACCCUCAAGUCGCUGAACUUCUCCCAAGGACGCGAGAUCAAGGGCACAAUUUACAAUAUUGGGGCCGUGGCGGGGGUGUCCACCGUCGUGGCAUUUGUCUUUGUUCUCCUGCCCUUCCUCAAGCCACUGCUCUGGGCCCUGUUGAUCGGUGCAGUUGUCUAUCCGUUCAAGCGAAAGAUGUCCUUCUCAAUCAAGAAUUGGUUCGAUGGCCUGGAGCGAACUGAUGGGAAUCUCUUUCUAAACAUUGCUAUAGCCCCUGUUCACAGUCUAGAAUCCCUAGGGCAAUUCCUGGGCAAUUUCCUGCGGAACCAUAAGCAUUUGAUUCUGAUUGGGAUUGGAGGGCUUGCCGUUACCAGGUUCACUGUUGAAUACGCUCCCAGGAGAUUGUUCUGCCUCAUGUGGAGAGGAAUUGUGCUCAGCCACACUUAUGUUACGAAUAUUCUUGGGCAGUUGAGUGCGCAUUUGGUGGUGACUUUCCUCGUGGCUUACAUUACAACCGUCGUGCUCUUUUGGAAGCCCGCAAAUCACACGAAAUUCAUGAUGUUCGGUCAGUCCCUCUGGCUCCUCCUUGUAGCGUACGUCUGCAGUUUCUUAGGCCCCCUCCAAGUGCCCGUCUUCAUGGCCCUCCUUCUCUACGGCCUCGCUGGAGUUGUCUACACUUAUCGCGAGCAAUUUGAAAAAUCUUCCGGAGACGACGCAAAUGUCAGCAUUACCGAACGCCUCAGGCGAUUUGUGGAUGUUCCCAGGAGUCCUAAGCCAACAAAAGAAGUUCUCAACACGAGCACUUCCAAGACCCAACUCGAUGCUCCUCCAGCAGAUGGUCCAGCAGACGCCGAACCCGGUGGAUCCGGUGAGAGUGAUUUGUACUUCAAGUUUCUCUUUUUCGCCUGCGGAGGCACAAUUAUUUUCCGGAACAUGUGGCUCUUGGUAUUUUCCGCUGUGCCCAUUUUUAUGCACUUCUCCAAGGAGGCCUUGGCAUCUACCGGAAGUCUGGCUUACGUGAGCGAGAAGGCCAUUCGUAUACAAACAGCCAUAGAGAAUUGGAUCUCUGAGCGAUACACAGCAAUCUUCCCAAUAUGCCUCCCAGGAAUAAUUCAGAUCAAUCGAAAGGUCCAUCGAUGCCUCAGGGACAGUCUCAAGUCUUCUGUGGACACAAUGUCUUCAAUUGCCGUAAUUGUGCUAAUGCUGGUUGUUGUAAUUUCCGCUGGAGUUUUUCUGGCUGUUCAGAUCUACUCGGAGGGAAUUGCCGUGGCACAGCUUGGGCACGAGGUGAUCCAGAAGGCCUUCAUUCACAGACCAGAACUCAAGGAUAUGUUCCCCGAGAGCACCUUUGACAACAUCAUUGACAAUGCCCAUGAGUACGGCAGGAAGACCAUCGAGACGUACAUCGAUGACAUCCUAAAGGACACAGAUAAACAGCAGGCCAUCAAGCUGAAGGAGCAAGUUCUAACAACAUGGGACAGACUGGUGCAGAAUGUCUUGGAGAGAAAUGGAGAUGAUACAAUUGGACCGAGAAUGGGCUUUGGGAUAAGGGAAUCCUUCGAUGAGAUCGUAGACAAUCCAAUUGCAAAAGAAGGGAUAAUAGCCUGGGCCAAGAGCAAUGUGGGAAUGCUGAGGGAUGUCAUGGAUUCCCUUUGGAUCAUUCUGCAGAAGAAUAUGUAUCUCCUGGGAACUGUCUUUGGGUCAAUCUUCUCGGUUCUGCUCGGAGGUGGACACGCUGUUGUGACCUUCGUCGUCGAUACGAUCGUCUUCUUCACAGCUCUUUUCUACCUUUUGUGCAGUAGCGAAGAUAGAUACUCUCCCCUUGUCUUUGUGACAUCCCUGGGCUUUAAAUCUGGCCCACGGAUUGCCGAAGCGAUUGAAGGAUCAAUUGCCGGAGUGAUUACAGCUACGGCUAAAAUUGCUCUGUUUCAUGGACUCUUUACGUGGCUGACUCAUACGAUUUUCAGUGUGAAUGUAGUCUAUUUACCGGCUGUUUUAGCCACAGUCCUGGCCGCAGCACCUUUCCUGGGUACUUACUGGUGCGCUGUUCCGGCAUUCUUCGAUCUGUGGCUGGCACAGGAUAGAUUCUGGAUUGCUGUGGUGCUCCUGGCGCUGCAUUUCUUCAUCCCUUCGACUGUUGAUGCAGCUGUUUAUGCGGACAUCAAGAGUUCAGGGCAUCCGUAUCUCACGGGUUUAUCUAUUGCUGGAGGACUUUACUGGAUGGGUCUGCAGGGGGCUAUUCUUGGGCCACUGCUACUCUGCCUUCUCGUGAUGAUCUUUGAUCUCACGGUGUCGGCUAUCAACAAGGAAUCUCCAAUAACGAAUUCAGUGUCCAGUUCCAAAUGAAACCAACAUAAUUUUGUGCUUGACGAUUUUAUUCGUGCUCUCAAUGCGACUAACUCGAGAACAUCCAUUUAGAAAGUGAUAUAAAAAAUAAUAAAACUGGAAAAUUUGAAGUUGAUCCAUCAGCAAUUACCAUGGAAAUUCAGGAUGUUUGUUAAUUCUGCAAAAAAUACACAAGACAAAGAAAUCUCAGUAAAUAAAAAAAACUGCCAGGGAGUUGAGAAAUAAAAGCCCAGACUGACCCUUUGAAGAAAGAAAAAUCGCAAACUCGAAUAUUUUCAUUGAGUCCAGCCAGGAGAUCCAUGUCCUCAUCAACGAGCGUAAAGUCAAAUAAUUCAAUGUUCUGCCUCAAGCGCGACUCAUUGGUACUCUUGGGGAUGACCACAAGACCUCUCUGGACGUUGUACUUGAGGAGAAUCUGUGCAGGAGUCUUCCCGUACUUACUGGCCAUUUUUAUAACUUCGGGAUUCUCAAUUAGAUCCGGAAUGUCGCGUCUGCAAUUUGCAAAGGAAAAAAAAUAGUCUCUAACAUGAAAUAUCUGCAUGAACAUAUUUACAUAAUGCUUUAAUUUUUUGUGAAUACACUUUUGUGAAUUUAUAAGAUUGUUAAAUAUAUAGCUGUUUGUAAUUUAACGUGUAGAUUGAAUAGUUUUUUUUAAUUAAUCGAACUUGAAGAUACUCCCUCAUGAAUUUGUUCUUGGCCUCAAAUCUGUGAUUAAAUUAAAAAUAGAAUGAUUUGGAUUUUCAAAGAUUACAAUUUUUUGUGAAUUGGUUAUCUCAAUCAAAGAUAUUUGAAUAUUUUAUAUUGAUUCUCUUGUAUUUUUCAUUAAUAAAUUUAUUUUUCAAAUA